AUGGAACCAAAAAACCUAACAAGGGUUUCUGAAUUUCAUCUUCUGGGAUUUUCAGAGGAAUCAGAACGGCAGCCUCUCAUAUUUGGGUUUUUCCUCACCAUGUACUUGAUCACUGUGUUCGGAAACCUGCUCAUCAUCCUGGCUGUCAGCUCAGACUCCAAACUCCGCACCCCCAUGUACUUCUUCCUCUCCAACCUGUCCUUUGUAGACAUCUGCUUCACCUCCACCACUAUCCCAAAGAUGUUGUGGAAUAUCGAGACUCAGAGCAAAGUUAUAACAUUUGAAGGCUGCAUCACCCAGGUGUAUUUUUUCACACUUUUUGUAGUACUAGACAUUUUACUGCUGACCGUGAUGGCCUAUGACCGCUUCGUGGCCAUCUGUCACCCCCUGCACUACACGGUCAUAAUGAACCCUCAGCUCUGCGGACUGUUGGUGCUGGUGUCCUGGGUCAUCAGCAUCCUGCAUUCCUUGUUAGAAAGCUUAAUGGUGUUGCAUCUGGUUUUCUGCACAGUCUUAGAAAUCCCCCAUUUUUUCUGUGAACUCAAUCAGAUGAUCCAACUUGCCUGUUCUGACACCUUUCUCAAUAACAUGGUGAUGUAUUCUGUAGCUCUACUGCUGGCUGGUGGUCCCCUCACUGGUAUCUUUUACUCUUACUCUAAGAUACUUUCCGCCAUACAAGGAAUGUCAUCAGCUCAGGGGAAGUAUAAAGCAUUUUCCACCUGUGCAUCUCACCUCUCAGUUGUCUCCUUAUUUUAUUGUACGGGUUUAGGAGUGUACCUUAGCUCUGCUGUUACCCACAGCUCACACUCAAGUGCAAGAGCCUCGGUGAUGUACACUGUGGUCACACCCAUGCUGAACCCCUUCAUCUACAGCCUGAGAAAUAAAGACUUAAAGAGGGGUCUGAAAAUACUCUUUGAAAAGGUGACUGUAAAAUGCCCUAUUGUCCUAGGGCCCAUGAUAGCAGAACUCAAAGCCUGA